UCAGAAACGUUUAUAUAUGACCUAAUUCAAUUUUGAAAUCCAAACUAUUCGAUCCGGCUCAGUACACAAUGGGAGCGUGUUGUCCGAAACUGAACAAAAGCCAGUCGUAUCUGAGCAUGGCCGACUCAGACGCGCCCCUGUUGCCGGGGGGAGGCACCCCCAAUGGAACCCUGGGAGGGGGCCGGUCGGUGCCAAAUGGCACUCUGGACUCGAGUAAAGAUGCUGAUGAAAGAGCAGUGUACACGAAGAUUAUAGAUGAUACACAGACACAGAUCAUUGACGUGAUGGCAGUUGACCAGAGGUCUGGAAAUGUGUCCGAGCUAGUGGACAGAGGCACUGCUUACCAGUCCAAACUGCAGGCUAUGGCCCACGAGCACAACAAGUCUCACUCCCCCCACAGAUACUCUCCGGAUGGGGGGUCAAGUGGAAGUAGUGGAGGGGCAGGCAGCUUACCCAAAAUGGCUCUAUCGUCAGAUGCUAACUUCCAGAUGUUGCCACAUGUCAAUCCACAGGAAGUGCUGAUGAUGAAUGAAAUUCUGACGCAAUUCGAAGAAGCUUACAUCGAGAUCAAAGUAAAACACAACGAACCCUUGGUCACGCCCCUCGAAAUAUGAAGAAACACAGCAACUACAACUGACUGCCCUGCCAUGCCCAUUUUUUGAAGCAAACAGCAAUGUCAAGUGACGCUUAGAAAGAAAUGAAUUCUAUUUAAAUACUUGUGUUUUAAGAUCGAAAGUAGAUAAACAAGAAAAGGCUUCUUUUUAUGUGCCUAUUCAUUGCUCCUAUUUUAUAAUGCUUAUCAAUGAUGAUAAAAUGAUGUAAUUCUGUCUUUCUCUCUCCAUAUUUGAAUAUUUUGAAAAUAAUUAUUACGAAAUCGCUGAACCAGUUAAUGACUAAAUGGGCUUUCUGUCGAAAACGCUGAGGUGGUUUAAUUGCACUAUUUAGCACCCUCCUUUUAAGUUCGAGAAAUGAUCUGUUUUCUUAAACUUAUCCUUGGAGUGGGUUAAUAUUGUGUAGGUAGAGGUUUGUUUUAUUGUACCGCCACUAAUUUAGAUUUCUCAAGUGUGCAACUCAUGAAAAUUAAUGCUUAGUUAUCACUUACCAGCAAAUUGAGUUUCUUGAGGUUCUUUUAUUUCCCCGCGACCCUACUCACUUAUAGGGUUGGUGACAUACGGGACAAUCCGUUCGGAACCGAAACAAGAUUCGAACCCUCAACUCUUGUGUUAAGAGCCGCGGACUUUACCCACUCAGCCAAGGCUUCGAAACUUUAAGUGUCAUUCACUGGUGGUACUGUGAUGCAAUAUGCAGUAGAGUAUAGUCGUAGUCAGUUACUCAGUUAGUUAACGUGGUGCUCACUUCUUUAUACAUUUUGCUCAUCUUCAUUUUGCCCAUCGCAAUGAGACUUGUAUUCUAGCGAUCACGUUCUCAAACACUCGUAUUCAAACUAGUCUUCAAAAACUCUAUUUAAGUUGAAUUGAUUCUGCAGCUUUGAUGGUCCGCAAAAACAGAUUAUGCGUUCGCAUAAAGUUCUAAGUAGUAAUCUUAGUUAAAAGUUAAUUUCAAAUUAAACGUUAUUGAUUGAAAAUAAUGUCAAAAUGAAUUCGCAAGGGAUCUUUCAAACCCUAAAAAUAGAAAAACCUGAAAGUUAAGUGUGGUUUAGUUCAAUUCAUUGUUGAAUGCUGUUGGCUAUCGUUUUAGUUUUCCAGCUCCUUUUUUGCUGCAUUGAAUGAACAACUAAAUUAAGUGCUUUCGUUCGAUGAAUAUGAAGUUGUCUAGUUUAGUUACUCUGGAGUUGUGUAGUUAUUAACCAGUAGCUUAACUAGUGCAAGUUAUCUAAAGUCUAUUUAUCGUAAUUAAAUUCUAUUUUCUCA